GCAGAACUUAAUCAGGCCAUUUCGAUGGUUUCAUAUUAUGCCUCUUCAUCCGAGCCUGCGAAAGUUCGUGGCAAAACUGUUUAUAUCCAAUACUCGAAUAGGCAAGAAAUUGUUAACAAUAAGAGCUCUGGAGAUGUUGUUGGAAAUGUCUUGCUGGUUACUUUAGAGGGUGUUGAACCUGGUGAUGUCAGCAUAGAUGUUAUUCAUUUGGUCCAUGCUAGCACGGAGAAAAUCUCGUUAUCAACAUCUGCAUGCGGAGAGAUGCCAUGUUUGUUUUGCUAUCUCUUUCUCAUGACUGUUCUAUUCUGAUUUUUUUGGAUCUUAAUUUUGAACUAAAGGUGCUUUCUGGUUGUUUUUGACCAUCAUGCUUAACUCAAGUUGUAGGGGACAUUUAGUUUGUUUAUCAAAGUUGUUUUUGGAGGUUAAACUGUCUUUCUGAUUUUUGAUACAUCUGCUGGAUCUCUUUCUGAUUUAUAUGUUUUCUUUUUUGUGGUAAUUUUUAGAAUUGGGUUAGGUAUUAAGAACACCGUCUGAUUAGUAAUACGAUUUGAUGACCUUUUCUGUUUUUAAGGCGUUAUUUUUCUUUGCCCUCUUUAUUUUAUUCUCAUUUAAUUUGCUUUUUUGGAGGCAGUGGGUAAAUAUGGUCCAUGCAUCAUUGUCAUCUUUUUAAGUAUAUAUUGCACAAUUUUUGAUACCACUGGAGUUGUGAUGAAUGCCAUGCUCUAACAUACAGGUGCUGUUCUGCACUUUAUAUGAGAUCAGUUAAUCGAUUUCAAUGGGAUCUAAUGUUUUCUCAUGUUUAUAUUUUCUUUAUUUUUUUUUAAUUUUGUGUAUGAAUCUCAUUGGAUUGUGUAUCAGGUAUUCUCUGCCUUUGGCUUUGUUCACAAAAUUGCCACCUUUGAAAAGGCUGCUGGUUUUCAGGCAUUGAUCCAGUUCAGUGAUGCGGCAACUGCCACAGCAGCAAGAGAUGCUUUGGAUGGAAGAAGCAUCCCAAGAUACUUACUUCCAGAGCAUGUCACCUCUUGCCACUUGCGAAUUUCAUUUUCUGCACACACGGAUCUUAAUAUCAAGUUCCAGUCACACCGCAGCAGGGAUUACACAAAUCCUUACCUUCCCGUGAACCCUUCUGCUAUUGAGGGUACAUUACAGCCUGUAGUAGGUCCUGAUGGAAAGAAAAAGGAGCCAGAGAGUAAUGUUCUUCUUGCUUCCAUUGAGAAUAUGCAAUAUGCUGUGACAGUUGAUGCUCUUCACACUGUUUUCUCAACAUUUGGUACUGUUCAGAAAAUUGCAAUAUUUGAGAAGAAUGGUGGAAUGCAGGCUUUAAUUCAAUAUCCUGAUGUAACUACUGCAGCAGUUGCUAAAGCUGCUUUAGAGGGACAUUGCAUCUAUGAUGGUGGCUAUUGUAAGCUUCAUCUGUCAUACUCUCAUCAUACUGAUCUCAAUGUAAAGUCGCACAGUGACAAGAGCAGGGAUUACACGAUUCCUGACACUGCAUUGGCAAUGCCACAAGUGGCCACACUGCCUGCUGCCACUGGCUGGCAGCACGCGAGUGGCAUGUUUGUUAGUAGUGUUGGCACACAAGCACCAAUUCCAAAUGGGCAAAUGCUGGCUUGGGAUCCGAGUAGACAUUCAACCUAUGCAUCAGUUCCAGGUGCAUAUCCUGGGCAGACAUUCAUACCUUCCUCUGUUCCCCAGUACCCUACUACAGGAUCCCACCCUGCUGCUCCACCUGAUUCGCUUGCCGGUUCUCGACAGAUAACCCACCAUGGUAUUCAACCAAGGCCUGCUGCUGGUUCUCCAUCUGUUGGUCAGCCUCAUGUAUAUUACUAGUAAAUUGUGCCUUCUUUGACAUCUUUCUCCAUCUGCUGGCCUUUUCCGAGUCUACCUUGAGUCAUUCUCCACCCAUUUGUUGUGGUGUUAUGUAACUGUUAUUUUAACCUUGAUUUCAAAUGACUUUCGUCUAUGCAGACUUAACUUGGUGUGCCUUUCAUAACC